GAGCCCACUAGAAGGAACCAAAUCUAAGCUUAAAACUGUGUCUCUGGCUGUCUGCUUCUCAGUCCUCGCUGUAGUUCUUUUGCGUCACUUCUCGAAGCUGCGAAGAAGAAGAAGAAAGACUCUGUUUUGUUCUCUCUCUGAAUUCUGAUAUCGUUUGCUUAUUGGCUCUAAUGGCGACCAAGAAGAGUGUGGGUUCUCUGAAGGAGGAAGAUUUGAAGGGGAAGAGGGUAUUUGUUAGGGUUGAUCUUAAUGUUCCUUUGGAUGAAAACUUGAAUAUCACUGAUGAUACCAGGGUCAGGGCUACUGUUCCCACGAUCAAGUACUUGAUGGGUCAUGGUGCUAAGGUUAUCCUUGCAAGUCAUCUGGGACGACCCAAGGGUGUGACACCCAAGUACAGCUUGAAGCCUCUUGUUCCUAGAUUAUCCGAGCUCCUUGGAGUCAAGGUGGAGAUGGUUAAUGAUUGUAUUGGUGAGGAAGUUCAGAAGAUGGUGGCUGCCUUCCCUGAUGGAGGUGUUCUCCUCUUAGAGAAUGUUAGGUUCUACAAGGAGGAAGAGAAAAAUGACCCUGAGUUUGCAAAGAAGCUCGCGGCUCUUGCAGACCUCUAUGUGAAUGAUGCAUUUGGCACUGCUCACAGAGCCCAUGCUUCCACUGAGGGAGUUGCAAAGUACUUAAAGCCCGCAGUCGCUGGAUUCCUUAUGCAGAAGGAACUUGACUAUCUUGUUGGAGCUGUGUCAAAUCCCAAGAGACCGUUUGCUGCUAUUGUAGGUGGCGCAAAAGUAUCAACCAAGAUUGGGGUUAUUGAGUCCUUGUUUGAGAAGGUUAAUAUCCUUGUGCUUGGUGGAGGAAUGAUAUUCACAUUCUACAAAGCCCAAGGAUACUCCGUUGGAUCCUCCCUUGUGGAGGAAGACAAGCUUGAUCUUGCAACAUCACUUCUUGAGAAGGCCAAAUCCAAAGGUGUGUCUGUUUUGCUGCCUACCGAUGUGGUUGUUGCCAACAAGUUUGCUGCCGAUGCUGAUAGCAAGGUUGUGCCAGCAUCUACCAUCCCAGAUGGUUGGAUGGGGUUGGACAUUGGACCUGAUUCCAUCAAGUCAUUCUGUGAAGUUUUGGAUACUACCCAAACUGUCAUUUGGAAUGGACCAAUGGGCGUGUUUGAGUUUGAGAAGUUUGCUGCUGGAACAGAGGCAACCGCUAAGAAGUUGGCUGAACUCACUGGAAAGGGUGUAACAACAAUCAUUGGAGGUGGUGAUUCAGUUGCUGCUGUAGAAAAGGCAGGACUUACAGACAAGAUGAGCCACAUCUCGACAGGAGGUGGUGCCAGCUUGGAGCUGCUUGAGGGCAAACCACUUCCUGGAGUUCUUGCCCUUGAUGAUGCUUGAAGCGUUCUUGUGGCAAUCAUCCCUUUUGAGUCCACCCCUUUUGGCGAUGUUAUUUACCAGGCCUUUUGGUUUUAAGAAUGUUAAUAGUAUCACACUAGAGCUAAAGAUGUAGAGGCUGCAGGUUGGAUUUGAAUAAGAGCAGGAGUGAUGUAUUGCCUUGGGGGCUAAACACAUAUUUUAACGAAUGUUCAUAUUUUUAGUCA